GACAGAAUCAGCUAGCUGAAAGCAUUUGUUACAUUUACAAAGAUGGAGAAUGGGAUGGAUGCUCUCCAUGACUCUGGAGUUCAGAUGAUCCAAUAUCUCCAGAUGAACUACAAGAGUUCCCAAGACUGGUUCAUGUUUGUUUCAUUUGCUGCUGAUCUCAGAAACACUUUUUUCGUCUUCUUUCCCAUCUGGUUCCAUCUUUAUGAGGCGGUGGGCAUUAAGCUUAUAUGGGUGGCUGUUAUCGGGGACUGGCUGAAUUUGGUUUUUAAAUGGAUUCUCUUUGGACAAAGACCAUACUGGUGGGUUCAUGACACCGCUUACUAUGGAAACUCAUCUGCUCCAGUCAUUGAACAGUUUCCUGUCACCUGUGAGACCGGGCCAGGAAGCCCUUCAGGUCAUGCCAUGGGCUCAGCUGGUAUUUACUAUGUUAUGGUCACAGCCAUUAUCACAUUAAUGCUUAAGAAGAAGGAAACCUCACUCACAAACUGGUGUGUGCGUGGAGCUCUCUGGACUGGUUUCUGGGCAGUUCAAGUAUGUGUCUGCCUGUCUCGAAUCUUUCUUGCAGCUCACUUUCCUCAUCAGGUGGUGGCUGGAGUGAUCUCAGGAAUGGUGGUCGCUGAAGCUUUUCAUCACACACAGCUGAUUUAUAAGGCGAGCCUGAAGAAAUACAUCUACACCACACUUUUCCUGUUCUCUUUUGCUUUGGGCUUCUACUUGCUUCUUAAAGCUGUGGGUGUUGAUCUCCUUUGGACUCUGGAAAAAGCCAAGAGAUGGUGCGCUCAGCCUGAGUGGAUACACAUUGAUACAACACCUUUUGCUGGACUUCUCAGAAACCUUGGUAUUUUCUUUGGCCUUGGACUAGCCCUCAACUCCAAGCUUUAUCAAGAAAGUUGCGGUGGAAAGAAGGGCAGCCAGUUUACUUUCCGCCUCUGCUGCAUUGUUGCCUCUUUGUUAGUUCUUCACCUUUUUGAUUCCUUCAAGCCACCAACCAAAGUGGAGAUGCUUUUCUAUGCCUUGUCCUUCUGUAAAAGUGCUGCUGUGCCUCUUGCUGCUGUGGGAAUUAUUCCUUAUUGUGUUUCUCAGGUUCUCCACAAACAAAACAAAAAAUCACUUUAGUUGGAUUCUAAUAUUCUUUUAGGACAUUAUUUUUUUUAUCUUUCACUUACAAAGAAAGUCUUCUUAGCAGCUAUUGUUUCAGAUUCUCACACAAUUCUAAUUUAAGCAAAAGCAUCUCCUAGAUAUUGAGAAGAAUUGAACAUAAAAUUUGAUGCACCGAAUUGCUUAAAUGAAUUUAUAACCUGGAAGCCCUGUGCUAUUCAAUGCAAAAAAAAGGGAGCAUUGGAGCCUUUUGGAACUUGGAGAAGGAACCUGCCAGUGAACCUGAGAAGUGAGAACUAAGGUAGUUUGUUGCUACUGUUUAUGGUGCUUCUGGAGACUGUAUGCACAUCCUGUUGGGAGCUCUUGGGAAGUCAUAUUAAGAAUGAGGCUACAACUUCCUCAUUGGCAACCAGAAUUCUUUGUAUUAAUAUGAAGGUACAAGAUGCAUCUGGGAUACAGGUGAAAAGUUGCCUUGAAAAACAAAAAAAACAAACGAAAAAAAACCCAGUAAUGGUUCCAUUGUUUUGGAAACCAGUACCAAGACUUUAGUUUUAUUUAAAUGAUGAGGCAAAAACAUUGAAUUCUGGCACUGAAAAGGUAGAACGUCAUGCAGAACGAGACCAUUGUAAUAUUUUAGCUAUAUUUAACAUCUAUUUUUAUAUUUAUUCAUCCAUGUUAUCAUUUUCGGAUUUGUCUUUGCCAUGAUGGAAAUUAUCCAUUUCAUCCAAAAAGUUAAAGUUGUUUUAAUCCAAAUUGUUUAAAAAUAUUUUUAUUCAAAUGUUAGGUAUUUUUAAUAAAACAGUUGAAAAGUUA